CCGGAAGACAUUAUCCGUCAGCGCACUGCCAACGGCAGAGCGCAUGUUCUUCAAACUUACUUCAAUCGACAACCUUCAAUGACUGGAGUUUCGAAGAAGAAGAAAAGUGAUUGAUACAGGCGCUUCGUGUACUGUGUGCGACAGCCCAUCCCAAUAUCUUUCUAACAUGAGUAUCUUGCUUGAGGGAAGGGCUUGCCGUGCGUCGAAAGGCUCCCGAAGGAAGCAGGAGUGCGAUUGAAGUCGUUCACAGAUCGGAGGCCGGAUCAUCGAAGCCGUGGCGGCCCGGAGAGAUAUGGCGGAGCGGCGGUUGUCCACCUCGUUCCUUUCGGUGGUCAGUGUUUGGUGUGUGUUGAUGCUAACUGCGACUGGACAGCAGACGUUCAGCCCAGUUCUUGGUUGUGGAACACCACGGAAUCCAACACUGUUGUCUGGGGAAAGGUACGCCACAUCAUUGUCAUCCAGUGGAAGUUCCAGCCUGGGCAGUGUCAGGAUGUAUCAGUGCCCAACAAGCUUCAUAAUCAAAGGAAGCCAACCAGCCAUGAACACAAGUACUAGUAGCAUAAGAUGUCGACUGAGUGGUAGUUGGACAGGUCCAGUGCCACUAUGUACUGCUUUAUCCUCUCCCACUGUAGCGGCAACAACACAAUCAACCACACAACAAACUACACCAACAGCAACGGCAACGGCAACAGCACAGACAACCCAGGUAUCAACCACAUCACCUCCAACAUUACAAGCUGCUACAACAGUAGCACAGACCACACAAAGACAAACAACAGCAGGAGGAAUGACGACGCAACCAUCCACAACCCUGGCACGAACAACGCAACCAUCCACAACCCAGGCACCAACAACUCAAGCCCCCACAACCCAGGCACCAACAUCUCUAGCUCUGACAACACGGGUAUCAACUGUGCACGUGUCUACAACACGAACAACGCAACCAAGAACAAGUCGAGCACCGAGGACUACUCGGACACGGACAGCUACAGCUCAAACGUCACGACCCGGUACAGGAACACGAGCAUCAUCAUUAGCAUCCUCAGCAUCAUCAUCUCUUCCCACAUCAGCCUCGACGCUGGCAGUUCAAACAUCCGUAGGAGUAGUGGGGCCUGCUGCAAGCUCAGGAAACACAUUGGCAAUAGGAGUAGGAGCUGGUGUUGGUGGAGUACUGCUGGUGUUGGUCAUUAUUAUCAUUCUGAUUGUCCUGAUCAGAGGAAGGACCGGAGGUGGAAAUGAAUCCGCAGUGGCAGGUGGGAAGAGCACAUCACCAAGCAUCAGAAGUAACUUCUCCUCCAUCCAAGCUGGAGACAACUAUGACCAGGUGGUUCUGUCGAAUUAUUCAACUGAAAGGGAAGAAGAAGAAGAAGGUAAACGACCUUUGAAAAAGGCCCUCUCUAGUCAACCAACAUUGGAGAUUGUAGAAUCCACCUUCUCACGGGGCUCCCAAGAGGUCAGAAGUGGCAGUGCAGGUGACAAAAUCGCAGCAACAAUAUUGUAUCAUGAUAUAGGUCCGGCAUCUGUUGAAAAGAAUACACCAUAUUACUCACGUAUGGCGGAAGUGAGGGGGACGGCAUCAGCUGAAACAACUUCAAAUCCUUCUGCUUUGAUGGGUGCACCUGCGUACGAAGAGAUGGCUCCAAUAGGCAAGAAAGAGGAGCAGAAUUCAUCACAAGUUGCUGCUUCAGUGCCUCCUGCAUUAGUGGGCGCAUAUGUGUACGAGGAGAUGGCUCCAUUGGGAAAGGAGGAACAGAAUGCCAUUGAUGCUGCAGUGUCUUCAGCGUUAAUGGGUGCACCUGCGUACGAAGAGAUGGCUCCAUUAGGCAAGAAAGAGAAACAUGAUGCAUCACAAGUUGCUGAUUCAGUGUCUCCAGCGUUAGUGGGCGCAUAUGUGUACGAGGAGAUGGCUCCAUUGGGAAAGGAGGAACAGAAUGCCAUUGAUGCUGCAGUGUCUCCAGCGUUAAUGGGUGUAUCCAUGUACGAAGAUAUGGCUCCAUCAGGCAAGAAGGAGGAACAGGAUACAACGCAAGUUGCUGCUCCAACGUCUACCAAUAGAUACCAACCACUGGGUCCUGCUGGUGCAACAGAGCAAUACCAAAGUGUAACUCCAGUCCAGGCUGAGAGAGUACCUACCAAGAGCAUGACAUCAUCCAAGCCUACAUCUGUGUAUGAAGAGGCCGCACCAGCAAGCAGGAUAGAGCAAUACGAAACACUCAUUCCUGACGUUCAACGAAAGAACAUGGACAACAGGACACCAAACUCUACACCAAUGCCAGGAAACACUGCCACCGUGUAUCAAAGAGUGGGAGAUGGAAGUCAGAAGGAGCAAUACCAAUCACUCAUGCCAGAUGUACGCAGGUCAGUAACAGACAGUACUUCCAGCAGUGUACCUACAGCAUCGACUGUUUACCAGGAUUUGAAUGUAAUGAGCAAACAGGGACAAUACCAAUCACCAACUCAUCCACGGUUGAGAAAGCCGUCGCAUGAUCAAGCAGGGAGUUCAUCGCCGCCUGCGUCUGGAGGUGCUUCCGACCGCUUACCAAGAUCCACACAGUCCAAGCAAGUGUCUGGACAAACCCAGAGAAGCAAAUUGGCGCAAGAUACUCGAGAAGUUAGGGCAGUGUCUCUUUCCUCUGCAACUAACCAGCCACCCAACAGGGGGUCCUGUGUUCAAGGCAAUGCCUCACCAGCAAACCCUGGGAGCACUGUCUAUCAAGCUCUAGGAACAGAACCCCAGGAACACCUGUAUGAAUCGUCUAUAGUUCCCAAGCCCAGCAACACAACACAGGAAGCUGGUCUUGCAGCGGCGCCCACAGGUGAUUACCAAGCAAUAUUGGCAGCAUACGUGCAAACGUCUGAUUACGAGCAGCCACAGAAGCACGAGAAAUCACCAUCAUGAAUACAGUGUGUCAUCCUGUUGUUUGCAAUGACUGAACUAUUGGCAUGAACUGUGUAUGACACACACAGUGGCAAUCUCAUAAUAUCACUAUCAGUUUGUGAUUGUUGCUAGUCUGCACAUGGCAAAGCUGCAAUUCUAUUGAUGAAGAAGUGUAGGGAUAGUGCUACAAGUACAACUGACGUUUUGAUAGAACACAAUUUUAAAUGCUUUGGUGUGAACUAAAACUGGCUUCUUCAUCGUGCGAAUAUUGACCAGAAUAUGGUGAUUGCUUGUACGAGAGUGCUACACAGUCAACUAACAGCUUUUUUUUCCAA